AUUCAUUCACUCGCCGAAGCGCACUCGAAACGGGCACAGACGGGCUCCAAUCUCGAAGCCAGAAGAACUCGGAACUGAGAACCCAACAUCAUCCACUGCCAGCAUGAACCAAUUCGCAAUGUUGGCCGUCUGCCUGUUGGCCGCCCUGGGUGCCAUCCUGCUCGAGGUGCAGGCCAGUCCCAGCCCCGCUGUGGCCACUCCUCCGCUGAGUCCCAGCCAGCUGGGCGGACUCUCGGCCCAGUUCCUGCCCCCGGAAUAUCGCAACACAAAUGUCAGCGUGGAGGACAUUAAGCGGAUGUACCGCGAGAAGUGCAAGAAGGUGACGGGAGCGGACAAUGCGACCUUCUACCAGGAGAUUGAGAAGGCGGCGGCCAAGAUGAGCGCCUGCAUCAGCGGCGUGGCCAAUCUGACGGCCCUGCAGGCCGAGAUGGAGGAGGCGAAACCGCUGGGCGAGCUGGACACCGUCUUCCACAAGUACUGCCAGCGUGCCCCCGAGGCGGAGGCGUGCGUCAAGGAGUUCAACACGAAGAUGCAGGUGUGCCUCACCAGCGAGGAGAAGCGCCAGCAGGAGACGAUAGCGCGCAUUGGAGCCUCCCUGCUGGGCUUUGCCUGCUCGCGGGGCGGCGAUCAGAUUGCACUCUUUGUGGCCGAACAGGGUCCGGAGUGCCUGGAGGCCAACAAGGAUGCCAUCAGCAACUGCCUGAACCGCUCCUUCCAUCAGUACAUACCCAAGGACGGUCAGGUGGCCGACCUCAUGAGCCGCCCCGAGCUGCUCUUCUCGCCCACCCACUGCGUCGAUCUGCAGGGCUUCGAGGCCUGUGUGCUGCACCACCUGGAGCAGUGCUCUGAGAUCACACCCGCCAACGUUGUCCAGUCCAUCUUCCGCUUCGUGAAGAACGAGACCGACUGCCAGGCGUACAUGGAGGCACGCGCCAACGAGCGUCCCGUCUUCCUGGCCGCCCGCAACAACAGCACUGGCGGCGGUGCCGGCGACCUGCUUUCCUCCUCCACCAAAAGCACCACGCUGCUGGGCUCCCUGCUCCUAGGCUUCACCGCCCUUCUGCUCCGGCACUGAGGAGCAACCGAUUCUCCACGCUGCUCCCGCAACAUUCAGCCACCGCGAUAAAGAAAUCUUUUAUGGUAUUCCGGCAAACUUCAACGUCAGCCCCGCCCUAAUGGUUGUUCCUUUUUGCUGUUGUUUGAUCAGUCAGCGAUGCGAUAACGAUUGCGAUAGCGAUAACGGGUGGCCCGAUAAUGGUUCCCAUGUUCCCAUGCAUACGACAAUGUGCUACUAUUUCAUUAUGUAUUACUUUGUACUUCUUUUUUUUUUGUUUAUUUUGUACCACAUAAUUGAAUGUCUCCUAAGGAAUUGCUCAUAAUAAAGGAGAGAUUACUGAAAAGAAA